AUGAGUUCCAGUGGAAGCCCCUCCCUCCCCAAAAUGACCACUAGACAUCGCAAGGGCAGCGAGCACCUUGAAAGAUCGCCUCGCCUAUCUCCUUCACACGAAAGCCCGACUACCCCCCGCGACGAAAUCGCCGCAACCGCCAUCCUGGCCGCCAUCCAAGACUCUGCGCCUGCUUCGGCUUUGGACAGACUCGCAGACCACGAUUUACCCUCCUUCCGAUCGGUCAUGGAGGAAGCUACCGCCCUCGCCAACCUCGCGUUGCCGCAGACCAACAUCGAGCCCAUCUCCCGACCCAGUUCGACCUCGACCUCGGAAUCUGCAUCCGCGUCUCUGCCCCAGUUGCCAGGCAUCUCGGCGCUCGCCCAGGCCAAUUCCGCGACAAGUUCGCCACAGAUGCGAGAAGCCAUUCCCGCGACCGCUCCCGCCGCAUCCACACCGACACACGCGCCCGCGCCCGCGCCUGCACCAGCGCCUGCUCCCGCGCCGACGCCGACCUACGCCUCUGGCGGAGGCUCCACUACCGUAUGUCGUCUCCCCUUUCCUAUCGUUCCCCCUGAAAAGCCAAUCCCGAAAGCGCCCAAGAGCAUCCGUACCUAA